AUGGCUACAAGGAAGUCCGUAUCAGAUGCAUACAACAAUGGACCCAUCAGCUACCUUGAUGAUGUUCCUUUCAAGGUCAAUGAAAAGUUUCGCUGUCCUGCCAAAGUGGGGCUACCUGUUGGCUUUUGUAUGCCAGACUGCAGUUCUUUGUUGGCGAGCACACAGUAUGACUUUUCUCUGGAGAAGCGGACUGUUCGCUGGGGGUUGGAGCUGGCUGAGGCGCGAGAAGCAGAGGCACGUGCAGAAGAGGCCGCAGCAAAGCAGGUGGAAGAAAAUCAAGAAACCUCGGCUCAGCCUGAGGACCCUAAUAACGGUGGAGGAAAGAAAUCUCAAUCUGCUGUUGGGGAUCACGACCUUCCCCCUCCAGCAAUGAACCCUGUCCUGGCGGGACUAAACCAUGAUGCUAUACUCACUCCUCUGCCUGCCCCAAGUUUUGGUCUGAGGAAAAUCCAACCUAGCACUCCUCAACCACACGGCCUCAACCUUGCUGACUUUGAGCGAGAAGAGGAUCCGUUUGACAAACUGGAGCUUAAAACGUUGGACGAUAAAGAGGAGCUUCGAAACAUUCUUCAGAGUCAGCCUCAACCUGCUCCUUCUGGAUCCCCUCCGGAUGGGUCCCAGCAAGCGCCAGCUUCACGUGGAAACAGCCCAUCUCCUCCUAUCAACACCAGCCUUCCUGUGAAACCAGGCUUUGCUCAUAAACCCAAUGGCUUGGUUUCCUUGAUGGAUUUGGACAGAGUUGGGCACCAAGGGAGAUCAGGUUUUGAAGCCGAGGAUCGGCCCUGCAAUAUCCGCUCUCUGACUUUUCCCAAACUUUCCGAUUCUGGGGAUCCUGAGCCAGUUAAAUACAGCCCACGCCCUGCACCUGUGCCUACUCCACGACAGAACCUUCCUAAUGGCAGUCCCCCAAUUAUACACAAGUCCCAAGUUAUUGUUGCACCAGCGCACUUCAGCUUCAAUAAGAGUGGUGGACCAAAACAGGCAAACUCUGGAUCAGGUUCUGCUGGCUUGCCAUGUGGGGGAGCCUUGCUUAGCAUGACGCCUGGUGAGCGCCAAUGUGUGGAAACCCUUGUGGGCAUGGGUUAUUCUUAUGAAGGUGUUCUUCGGGCUAUGCAGCGACAAGGGCAGAAUGUGGAGCAGGUAUUGGAUUAUCUCUUUGUCCAUGGACGUCUCUGUGAACGGGGCUUCGAUGCAAGCGCAGUGGAGGAAUGUUUAGAGAUGUACCAAUGCUCAGAAGAAAAGGCGUUGCAGUUCCUUGAGCUGAUGUCCAGAUUCGGUGAAAUGGGAUUUGAGCGGGAGACCAUUAAGGAGGUGCUCCUGGUCCACAACAACGAUCAGGACAAGGCGCUAGAGGACUUAAUGGCACGGGCUGCGGCUAGCUGA